AUGGGCUGGAUGAACCGUGGUUCUCGCCCGGGGCACCGUGGGAACAAUCUCUUCGCAACAAUCAACUACUGCAACAAAGACUCCGACAUUUCCGCGGUUGUCACCUUUGUCGAGGACUCAGCCAAUCCGAGAUCAUAUCAAAAAGCACAAAAAACUACCAAGAAUGAGGAUCUACCAUACAUCGAUCCAUCAGUCAUUAUAGCUGCCGGCGAUGCAGGUCUGCUAUGGCUGGUCAUUGAUAACAUUGUCUAUGACUGUACCGAAUUUGUUCAUGAGCACCCAGGAGGCUCUCGGGUUCUCGAGUCAUUUCGAAGCAGCAACUGCAGUUGGCAGUUCUGGAGGUUCCACGGAAUGAAGGAUAUGGUAGAGUUCGGGCUGCCGCUGAGGGUAGGACGCGCAAGUGGUAUUCAGAACAAGUUCAAGGAGCCACCUCGGUUUGUAGGUUUGAGGAAGCUAUGGGGAUCUGAAUGA